AUGGACUCUUUCGCAGAGCCGUACACCCGCGUUGGCGACAACGUCUCCAUUGACGAGGUCCGUCGACAAGUUCUUGCCCUUGAAGCGGACCAUCGAGCUGCUGGACUUGAACUGUCUGGACGAGUUCUUCACGUUUGCCACUACCUACCCGUUACCGCCACCCUCAACACCGCUCCUGGUGUUAUCAGCCCACCCGCAACUCCCCCACCCAAAACUUCUGACGUUCUGCUCACUCCACCCCAAGACACGAAGGAUAUACCGAGUAAUAGCACCUCUGCUUGGACAUUGGGUGUUCGUUAUGGCCACGCCGCGAUGAUUUCUGGCAUACGGUCCCUCUCCGCAACCCACGAACAACUUAUCAUUGGUUGGACUGGGGACAUCUUAUCAACCGUCCCUGGCGAAAAAGUUGCUGUCGACAAAGUGGACUCGGAGGAUCGCGCGGCGCUGGAAGAGGCCUUGAAAACUUAUCAGCCAAAGGAGUCUGACCCCGAUGAUGACCGCAAGACGACGUAUGUUCCCGUCUGGCUUGAUGAUAAGGUUGCACAUGGCCACUAUGACGGGUACUGCAAACAAACUUUAUGGCCGCUAUUCCACUAUCUCCUCUGGCAAGACAUCGCAAACGAGGACACUUCUCAAGACAAGCACUAUAAAGCAUAUGCAGCAGCAAACGCCGCGUUUGCAGCGCGUAUCGCCCAGGUUUACCAACCAGGCGACCUCAUCUGGGUCCACGAUUACCACCUCCUUCUCGUACCAAAGCUAGUUCGCGAGGUCAUACCCGAUGCCGUUCUGGGUCUCUUUGUCCACACUCCCUUCCCCAGCAGCGAAGUUUUCCGCUGUCUACCGCGCCGAAAAGAGAUUCUCGAUGGAAUGGUUGGCGCCGACCUCGUCUGCUUCCAGACAUACUCCUACUCCCGUCACUUUAUUAGCACUUGCAUUCGUGUUUGUGGGUACGAAAACACACCCAGAGGAAUAGACGUAGAAGGGCACAUUACUUCUAUCUCACAUUGCCCCGUCGGUGUUGACGCGGAGCGUGUGAGUCGUGAUUUGCUCCGAACCGGUAUCACGCCCAAACUCGAGGCUCUACGCGCUCUUUACGAAGGGAAGAAAAUUAUCGUUGGACGAGACAAGCUCGAUGUCGUCAAAGGUGUUCUGCAAAAGUUGCUUGCGUUCCAAAAAUUCCUGCAAACGUACCCCCAGUGGGUCGGCAACGUUGUGUUUAUCCAAGUGACUUCACCUGCGCUGACCGAUUCUCCCAAACUCGAGCGACAAGUUAGCGAGCUCGUUGCCAACAUCAACGGAGAAUUCGGCAGUCUAGAUUUCAUCCCCGUCCACCAUUACCAUCAAACGUUGAAGAAGGAUGAAUUCUACGCGCUACUGAGUGUUGCAGACCUCGCCGUGAUUACUCCGCUUCGGGAUGGGAUGAACACUACCUCGAUGGAAUUCGUUAUCGCUCAAGCGGGCACGAAGAAAAGUCCGGUUGUUCUCAGCGAGUUCAUGGGGAUCAGCAAGCACAUGGAGCAAUCGCUCAUGGUGAACCCGUGGAAUCUCGGGGAUGUCGCGGCCGCGAUCAACGAGGGCCUGCUUAUGUCCGAGCCGGAGAAACUCAUGCGACACGAGAUGCUGUACAAGGUGGUCACGACACAUACCUCGCACACAUGGGCCGCCCUGCUCGUCAAGAUGCUUCUAGGCCAGCUCGACAAGAAAGAAACGGCACGCCGGACGCCAUAUAUACCCAAAGAUGUGCUGGAAAGCAAAUAUCAUGCUGCGAAGAAGCGGUUGUUCUUCUUUGACUACGAUGGUACUCUUGCGCCGAUUGUCAAAGAACCUAGCAUGGCGAUUCCAACCGCUGCAACCCUUGAAGCAUUGGAGAAACUCUCCUCAGACCCCCGCAACGUCGUCUACAUCAUCUCUGGUCGCGAUGGUGCAUUCCUCGAGCAACAUCUGGGACAUCUGCCGCUUGUCGGCUUCUCUGCCGAACACGGCGGCUUCAUCCGUGUGCCCGGCAAGAACCAGCCGUGGGUGAAUUUCACCGAAAAGCUGGACAUGAGCUGGAUGAGUGAGGUCGAGGAGAUUUUCCGGUAUUACACCGAGCGCACGACAGGAAGCACGACGGAGAUCAAGAAGACUUCGAUAACGUGGCAUUAUCGAAACGCCGAUCCAGAGUGGGGCCUCUUCCAGUGCCGACAGUGCCAGGAUCUGUUAGAGAACAACCUUGCACACAAACGACCGAUUGAAGUGUUGGUCGGUAAGAAGAAUUUGGAGGUGCGACCAAUUGCAGUAAACAAGGGCGAGAUCGUCAAGCGGCUGUUAUACCUCAAUCCGGAUGCCGAGUUCAUCUUCUGUGCUGGAGACGACAAGACUGACGAAGAUAUGUUCCGCGCGCUCAUCCUAUUCAACACGGGGUCAACAACUGCCUCGAUGGAAGCCCCUGUUUCUGUCACACUCAUCGACCAACCCAACGCACCGCCUGUUGACCUGACCAUCAAGCCCGACAGUGUAUUCACGACGGCGGUGGGCCACAGCAGCAAGCGGACGUUGGCGAGCUGGCACGUGACGGCGCCUCAGGAGAUCGUUGACCAUAUGCUUGCUUUGGUCAAUGCAGAAGCAACGACACCCACUGCGACGGCACAAAGCAACCUCUAA